AUGUUUUCCAUCUACUUAUUCUGGGUGUUGAUUGUUGGGCUGGCGGUGGAGGGCGAGGCCUGCACCCAUAAUUCGGAAUGCACGCUGGAUUGUGUGAACGGGCGCUGCCAGCCGUCAGUCGACAAACGCGAGGCUCCGUUCAACAGGGGCGGUCCGUUCAUCUGCAAUGAAGACGCCGAGUGCAAGGGAGGUGAUAAGUGCGUCAACGGCGAAUGCGAGAUCCACAUCCCGGCCAAUUCACAAAAAUUGCUCAUCCGCCCAACCGGCUACAGGGAGCCGUGCAAGGGGAGCAACGGAAAGAUCACCUUCUGCCUGCCGCCCCAGCAUUGUAAUCAGGGCAAGGGAGUGUGCGCU